AUGCUGUUGCUAUCUCUUGCGAGGGCUAAUUACCGGCCUUACGGAAUCGACUUUCCCCAAGGUGCUACAGGACGGUUCACCAACGGUCGCACCUACGUUGACGCACUUGCUCAAAUUCUUGGCUUUCGGACUUACAUUCCAGCAUUUUCCAGGGUUCGUGGCCAGGCUCUGUUAAGAGGUGCGAAUUUCGCAUCUGGUGCAGCCGGCAUUAGAGAUGAGACCGGUGAUAACUUGGGUGCACAUACUUCUAUGAACCAGCAGGUAACUCAGUACACGAGCGCGGUUCAACAAAUGCUUCGAUACUUCAGAGGAGACACAAAUGAGCUACAAAGAUACUUGAGCCGUUGUAUAUUUUAUUCGGGAAUGGGAAGUAACGACUAUCUCAACAACUACUUCAUGCCUGACUUUUACUCAACUAGUCAAGAUUACAAUGACAAAACCUAUGCAGAUGCUCUCAUACAGAACUAUACACAACAGCUCACUAGAUUGUACCAAUUUGGAGCUCGGAAAGUGAUAGUGACUGCAGUGGGACAGAUCGGUUGCAUACCUUACCAGCUAGCUCGCUAUAAUAACCGCAACAACAGUACUGGUAGAUGCAAUGACAGGAUCAACAAAGCAAUCGUGUUGUUUAACACUCAGCUCAAGAAACUUGUGGACCGUUUCAACAAAGGUCAGUUGGAAGGAGCGAAGUUUGUUUUUCUUGAUUCAUACACGAGCACCUCCGAUCUUGCUGCCAAUGGAGCCACUUACGGAUUUGAGGUGGUGGACAAAGGUUGUUGUGGGGUGGGGAGGAACAAUGGUCAGAUAACGUGUUUGCCGCUGCAGCAACCGUGCAGUGACCGGACCAAGUAUCUCUUUUGGGACGCGUUCCACCCAACGGAAACUGCCAACAUUUUGCUUGCCAAAUCUAAUUUCAAUUCCCGAGCUUACGCUUACCCCAUUAACAUUCAAGAACUAGCCAAUCUUUGA